AUGUUUGAAGACUCAGACAGAAAUACGGAUGAAAGCCAUGGUCACCCCCAACACCAUCAUGGUCACAAUCUCCAUGACAGUCCUCACCACGCUGCCCGCCAUCGCCACCAGACACAGCCACUUCCCCUCAGCGAAGAGGACGAGAUACUUUACAACCACCGCACCCCUGUGACUCUCUCAAGGGCCUCAUCCUCUUCCCUUUCUUCAUCCUCCUCCUCCUCCUCUUCCUCCUGGUUCACAGAGGGGAGCGCUAAUGAUGCCUUCUCUCUCCGUCAUGCCGUGCGGCCGCAGCACUCUCAGUCAUGCUCCAACAUCGUAGACGUGCGCAGAGGGUUUCAGGAAGACGGCAGAAGCGAGCCCAUCGUACUGGCCUCAAUCAGACAUGGCAAACAAGUAAGUGUUUGUGAUGGGAUACCUGGAAGCUCACAGCCGAGGGGAAAGCAGGGUUUUUCUACUCUUGACCGAGGUCACAGCAGGAGUGAAGAAGGCCUUCUGCAGUGCGACGAAAGUGAUGUUGCAGGAGAACAAUCCAGGGCUUCGCACAUGAACUAUGGGCCUCUCUAUAAGACAGCCAGUUUGAGCCGUAGUCUUGCUUUUAGUGAGGAGGAUAUUCAGCUUGGGGUAUCCAGGGGCCCAAAGAGAGCGGUGUCCUCCAUCCAGCUACCCUGCAAAGGCAUCCUCAAGAACAAGAAGCCCAACGCUGACAUUCGCAAGGCAAAGUCCAUGGAGGUGUUGUCACCAAGAGUUCCCAAAGGACGAGAUGCGAGUGGACAGAAAGGUAAAGGGACGACUCAAACUGAGAUACAGAAAGCCAGGUCAAAUUUUGUGCAAGGAAAGCUGCAAUUCUCAGCCUUUCUAGACGAGAUUACAAAACAGGUUAUAAGUCCGUCAGAUCUCACCACCUUGGGCGUGAACAAAAAUAAAUCUACUGAGAAGACGGCUGCCACUGCCCCCCCGACACCUGCUCCAGUCAAACCUCAGCUCCCACCCAAGAAGCACAGACAGAGCUUGGCCGAGGAGAGGGAGCAGCAUCCCAAACAGCACAACAGACAGGAGAAGGCAGCUCGCAGCAGCUCUCGGAAACCCUCAGACUGCUCCGAUCCUGACAAGCUGAACUCAUAUGCAGCUAGUAGCCAUCACGGUAGCCCCCCGCCUCAUCCCCAGGCUCACUCUGCCAGCCACAAUACUCAUGUCGGAAACAUCCGUAAAGACAGGAGGCCGUCGCCCACUGGAGGCUCUGUGUCAAGAGACAGAUAUGGCAGGUGUGGUCCUCACCUGACUGAUGGCACCAGCACCAGUCCUGAACCCAGCCAACCCAAACAACAUGCCCACCGUAAACCGCAGCACACUGCCUCUCACUGUCCACAAACCCAGCAUCCGCACCAUAACCCACCUCUGCAGGUGCACCCUGACACUGGCCACCAGAGACCCGCCAGCUCACCUCCAUCCUCGGCCCAGGCUGCAGGCGCAGGCGUGGGAUAUGAGUCUUCAUCUUCAAAAUCGGAUUCAUCCAGGGCCAGAGACACAGUGACCAGUCACAGUUCAGAGAAGAGUGGUCGACAACAUUCACAAUAUGUGGGGCACUCCAAACAACACAGGGACACAAUUUGUGAUCCUGACCAUCUCCAGGCUCUUCAGGAGGAGAAUGCAGAUCUUCACCAGAACUUGCUGCAGACGGUGGUUUGCAUCGAGAGUCUGGAGGCGGAGCUGCAGAGGACCAGGGACGAGCUCAGUCAUGUCAAGGAGAAAUAUAAAAGCCUUCUAGAGACCCACUCUGGGACCAAACAGGCCAAUAACAUGCUGGGCGAACAUCUCCACAUAGCGUCAGAGAGUCUGUGCAGUGAGAGGAAGUAUCUGCUGAACCGUGUGUCCCAGCUGAGCUCCGAGUUGGAGGACACCCACAGGACCAUCGCUGCAAUGGAAAACAUCAACGUGCCGUACUUGAUAAAGGAUUUAUUGGAGAAGCACUUUAACUCGUCUGAGGCCAUACAGACGUUCCUGACAGCUUCAACUCCAAUCAGCCGCCUCGCCACCUCCCUGCCAGGAGACUCUCCUAAUAUGGUGGAGGCUGCAUCCGAUCGCUUGACAAAGUCAGAGGCAGGUCUGCAGAGGGUCACUGCUUUCAUGCCUUUUAAACAGGGGACGCCAACAACAGCCACUGGGGCCUGUCUCUCAAAUCAACAUGAGUCGAGCCACAGCCCACCUAUCUCUGUAGCUGACAUCAGCGCUGCUAUAUAUAAGAAAAUGGCAGCCGGUUAUGCUGCCAGACCCCAACCUCUCUAUCCCCAAAGCCAAAAGCAGCCUCCCCUGGGCACUAACCACACUGACACCCCUCUAGCCCCUCAGCAGGCCCAUGUGGGUGGCGACAGCUGGGGUGGAAAGGGAGGGAUAGAGGUAACGCUUUUGGAGCAGGACGUUGUGGAUGUGACCUCCUUGUCAGCCCAGCAGAUCCUGGAUGAGUUCAUACAGCAGCUGCAGGCCCAUAAGGAGGUGGGCGGGGGGACGGAGCCAGAGGUCAGGCAGGAGUGGGUGGAAGGAGCGGAGCAAACCGGCGAAGUGGUGGACUGAAAAUUCGAUCUCAAUAAACAGGGCAGGAUGAACAUACAUUCUCGCCCUAUUGUAUAUAAAUAUAUAUUCAUUCAUAUGUGUCACUGAUGUUUUAGUCAAAUAAUGUUUCUCCAAAAUAACAAGACUCACAGAUGUUUUUCCGUUUGUUGUUAUUUUUAUUUUAGCUUGUAAAUAUUGCACUUCAUGAAUAUGAAUCUAUAAAUGGAAAACAAUUUUUUGCAUAAUGUUUUAACAUGAAAUAUCAUGACACAAUAUAUUGAAAUAUGAGGUAUAAUUUACAGGAAUUUCAUCAAUAAAACAGACAAUGGGACAAUUAAAUGAUAAAAUAUGUUAAAAAGAAGUCGAGUCUGCAAUAAUAUAAUAUGUUUUAUCAUAGCAAGCAAAGAAAAGUGUGAGAAACUGUAAUAAACUGACAGCAGGUAAUUAGAAUUCAGUAAAUACUCUGUGACAUAAGUUAUAGACCCAAUAGUGAGUAUCAUCAUGUGUUUAUUGUUUGUGGUGUAAAGAGAUAAAGAGUUAAGGUCUAGAAGAGUAGGAGCACGUCGGAAAAUCUGUAAAUAGUGUACGUACAAUAACAAUAACAGAUCCCAGGUCGGCUCAUAGUAUACUGUAACCAACCUCUUGUCAGUUUUUCUAAAUGUGUUUUUAUGGGUUGAGCAAGUGUGCAGAGCCCCCCCCCCUUCUUCCUUUUCAAACACUUCAAUCUUUUCACACAAAAAUAAUCUUUAGUGUGUUUCCUAACGACUGUUCAUUUCUAAGAUUUGUGAAGAAGAACAACUUAUGAACUUUAGGCAGCAGACUCACAAACGAUUUUCAGAGCUGACUUAAGAAAACUGCGUGACCUGGGAUCCUACAAAUAUACAUAUUCCCCCUACCUUCACCGUAGAUGUUAAUUAAAAGAAAGAACAAAAAUAUUAAGUUCAGAUUUUAAAGUUGUAAUUCUGAAUAUGUGUUGUGACAAAGUAGAUAAGAAAACAUAUUGAUGUUGUUGUAUUCUGUAAAGACCUUCAUUAAUGAAAGUAUAACUGUGUCAUUACAGCUGGUCACCAAUAA